CUAAAGACGACAAAACCGAUACAACUUCCAAGUCCACUUUCCUGGUAUAAGUCUGUCCAGUUACCGGAUAAGAUUUCUGGAAACCACUCAGCUCAGAUACGCGUUUGUCCAAAGCUUUCACUUUUUCAUUGUCCCCGUUGAAAAGUUGCAAAAAAGAAGCUUGAGUACCAGUGGUACCUUUGGCUCCCCUAAACCUCAAAUCUUCUUUCGCUCUACGCAAAGCCCUUUCGUCCAGCAAAAGAUCAAACAGCCAUAGAGUGCCUCUUUUGCCUACCGUUGUCAGUUGAGCAGGUUGCAAAUGGGUGAAGCCCAAAGCAGGAAGUGACCUAAAUAAUAAUUGUUUGAAUCAAAUCAAUCUACAAUUGAUAACCUACUUGUAUUGAUUGCAAAAUUCGGCAAGAUUCUGUACUACAACAGCCAAUCGAUUGCCAAGCAUCUCCAAACCAUCCUUAAGUAAAAUAAGGUCAGUAUUAUCCCCCACAAAACAAGAAGUAGCCCCCAAAUGAAUGAUAGGCGCAGCUAAAGGACAAAGCUUAGCAAACACAUGCACAUGAGCCAUAACAUCGUGCCUGGUAAGCUUCUCUUCAUCAGCGGCUGCAACGAAAUCGAUGUCAUGAACAUGAGCUUCCAUUUGCUGGAUUUGGGCCUGGGUAAUUUCGAGACCGAGUUCCUGAAAAUUGUCAUAUCGAUGUCAUUCUCAUUAGAAAAUUCUGACAGUUAUGUUAAUUUUAAAUGCCCAGAAUUAGGAGGAGUGUAAGCAAGGGUGUACAAGAUGAGGCCUACGUUAAGGAAGUUCAGAAAGAGGAAAGGCGCAGGAAAAGGGAAAAGGCUAAUACUUGGCUUAAUAUGUAUGGUAUGACGCUGGUAGAAUUUAUACUUUGUUUGAUAUGUUUUGCGGUUGGCUACGCGUACUACCACCAAGUGCAACAAUACAGAAACGACAAUAUGAUCAGGCACGAUAAAAAAACCGUAAGAUAUAUUUUGUUGCCGCCUACUCCUCUAGCAGUUGCCAGUGUAUUUUUAAGUUUGACCUAUCUGGAUUUGAUAUCUUGGGCAUCUGUAAGGCCUAUAACGUAUUUUGCCUGGAUUAUGGCAUCGACGGCCGGGUUUCUAUGUUUCUGCCUCUACUCCGGUGUCAUUCUUAUGACCAAUAACAGCAUUAGUUCGAUAAUCGCGAUUAUUGUUGGUAUUCUUACAGCUCUGGUGUUUUUAGCAGAUCUCGUUUGUAUGUUGUGUACUAUGAAGCGUUUUCCUGCUCCGUAUUGGGUUUUGAAACGCAAAUGCGAUAAAAUGGAUCAGUGCGUGUGCACAGGGGAUUGUCCUGAAGAAAUUACUGAGGAGAGACCCUUAUGCAAAUGCAUUGACCAUUGGGGUGCCCCAUGCAUCUGCGACAAUCCAGAUGGAGACGAAAACACAUGCGGUUGUGGUGCCGAAAAAACAGGCGAACCACCUUGCGAAUGCUGCGAAUGUGCCGACGAACUAUUCGACGAAGAUUCCUACGACCCAACUCUGUCAUCAUGGACGGAUAAUCGUCAAUCAAUUGCUCCGGGUUUUCGUCAAUCAAUUGCUCCAUCAGGUUUUCGUCAAUCAAUUGCUCCGGGUUUUCGUCAAUCAAUUGCUCCGGGUAUGGGUUAUCGUCAAUCAAUGAUGGCUCCGAGUUAUAUUCCAUCAAUGGCCGAUUCGCGUCGAGUAUCGAGAUUCUCAACAAAAUUUUGGCCUGAACGCUCGAGGUCCACCAUGGUGGGUCCAGACUUUGAAGACAAGCGAAAAUCCAUAGCGAACCAGGCCUAUUCGGAAUGGUUCGAUGCAACGCCAGUUCACGAUUAUUGUUCGCAGCCAAUGCCAAGGUUGUAUUGUACCGAUACGUACACAGAUUCAGAAGCAGGCCCUAGUCAAGAAAUGAAUAGGGAAUAUGGCGUACCUCAGGCUUCACGGAUCAGAACGGCGUCACAAAUAGCUGUGGUUAAGAGUCUUCAAAGUCCAUCUCAUAGAUUGAGUGUAAGACCUUCAAUGAGAAGCGUGAGUGGUAAUUUAAGACAGCCUUCAAUGGCGUCGAGAAAUAGGUCUCAUUUGGCUUACUCCGCCUACACAACGAUUGUCAAUGAUAGGGAACUUAUUAGAGAUUCUUUAGCUGAGAAGCAAAAUCCUGUGUAUAUUGAUAAAGAUGUGAAGGGGAUUUUGAGCCAAUCAUCAAGCGAAGAGGAAAUUGGCCACGGCGACAUUCCAACAAAGAAAAUUGUUGUAGCAGAUGUAAUCUAUAAUCCACCCCAUGAAGCACAAACACGAAGAAUUAAACCUAGAUUAAGGCAUACAGCUUCAAAUCAUCCAGAAAACGAUAUUAUUGGAUUCGGAUCAUCGCAAACAAUAACUCUACCAGGGCAGACAUUGGACAGUGAAGAGGGUCAGAUAAUGCAUAAAAGAAACGUGAGUGUUUCAGCUAGAACUGGUACAAGAUCUUGUUCUUUGAGAUCUGAAAGUGAAACUAGGCCUAAAAGCACACGAGUAAUCAGAAACGUAUCGACAACAGUGAGAACCCUGAGUAGCGUGAUUGAGGCUGAUAAUGAAUCGAGAGGUCAACAAUCGAGUAGUGAUGGGGUUCCAAGUGGAUGCACCAUUACCAUACAUAAGUAAAUGAAUGAAGAGAAUUGGAAGAAAAAUGUACUACUUUUUUUAUUUUGGGCCAAUAGAAUUGAAAUUUAUCCCAUCUAAGUUCAAUAAAUGCUGUUUAUUAUU